UCAAGUGGAGGCCUGUUAGAAAGUGGUAGCACAUCUACUGAACCACGAAACCGAAAACAAGUGUAUAAUGCUCGAUCUAACACAAGAACAGAUAGUGGUGAAAAGGAUGAGAUAUUUCAGUUACUAACACAGCUGAAGGAUGACUAUGCUGGAGAAGGAGGGUUUGUUCAAGAAGUCAAAUUUGGGAAGACGCCAGAAGUUGUUGUUAGCUUUGAACAACAACUGGAUGACCUGGUGCGGUUCUGUUGUAAUCCCAAGCAGUUUUCUGUUCUGGGUAUUGAUCCAACAUUCAGUUUGGGCAAGUUUUUCGUUACAGUGACCACUUACAAACAUUUAAUGUUAAGGAAAAAGUCCACCAAUACACACCCUGUUUUCAUCGGACCUUGCUUUAUCCAUAUGCAACAGGAAACGCAGACAUAUUACUCAUUUCUGUCUUGUUUGCGUGGAAAGAAGGAUGCUUUACGUGACCUGAAAGCCUAUGGAUCAGAUGGAGAAGUGUCUCUGUUAAAUGCACUAAUUGCAGCAUUUCCAGAUGCCAUUGGUUUGAGAUGCUUUAUUCAUAUGAAAGAUAACAUUGAAAACCACCUGCAAAACAAACUGCAUGUUAAAGCAGAAGUGAAAUCUGUAAUAAUUCAUGACAUAUUUGGCCAUGUUGUUGGUGACACAAAGGUAGGAAUUAUUUGUAGCUUUAUAUUACUUUAUGGAAGUCACACACUCACUAUUUACCCCCAGCCUCUUUUAGUGCCCGCCAUCCAAUUACCACUGGAAAACAAUAAGCCCCCUGGGAGCUAAAUGGGGGAAGUAUAUUAUAUUGGAGGAAGUACUUUAUAUUUACUGCCAUGAUCAUGAUGUCUUGACACACUGCAAUUUGUCGGGAUAAUUUCAGAUGCAUAUAUAUUAAUGCUAUUAGAAAAAUACGUGGCAAAAAACGUCAUCAGACCAAUCAAAAUCCGCCACUAACAUUCAUUCACCGACACCUCCAGUAAAACUGUAAAAAAAUCGUAGCAUGUAAAUGUACUGUACCUUAGCGCUCAUUUUUUUGGAGCAUUACUGUUUACUGGAGCGUUCAUUUUUCAAAUACAUAUAUAAUACCAGGCCUGCAAAUUAGUGCCGGUCAUCGGACAUUGUCCGACCAAAUUUUACCUUUUGUCCGAUCAAAGUUUUUUUAUGAUUGGACAUGUAACCGACCGAUUUAGGCUCGUCAAAUGUCUGAUCUCAAAAAAUCGAUUUCGAACACAAUUUCAUGAAAACAAAGCAAUAUAAAGGACACUCUUCCGUUAUUUCUUGGCUGCAUUAAGCCGUAAGAUACACACACACACACACACACACACACACACACACACAUAAUAGCCUGUAAUAGUGUACACCAAAAUUGUAGGUGUAAGGCCCAUUUACACUACGCACAAUUUAUUACUGUACAUACAUGUAGGGCUCAUCCAAAUUUACUGAUACUGUGACCAUGUUGUCAGUGUAUUAACUGACGGCAUAUACAGUUACGUGUAUACCGAAAUAUAUAAUUUAUUUCGACUGUCAACGAUUUCCAAGCGUCAAUUUAUUGAUACAGCAUGUCCAGGGAAACAAAGCAGCUGGAUGAUAUUUAAUACAUCGUUUCAUACUGUACCUGAUCUUCACCUCUGUAACAUGCAUAUAGCACUUUAUACACAUUUAUUUAUUUUAUGACUCUUGCGUUACCGGUUUGAGGGAAGAUUUUUUACUUGGAUUAAAACUACAUUUAGAGAUUUUGGCACGCAAUGAAUUUGGCACGCACUAAAAUACGAACUGAUUUUGUGGAGCUCUUUUGAUAGAUAUUGGGAUUAGUGGAUUCUGUUGACUGCAACCGGUUUGACAAUUGGAGGAGAAGUGGAAUCGUAUUGCUCCCGGUUUCCAUGUUUGGUUUCUGCGCCAAAAAGCGGAAGUCUUCAAGAAGAGCAUGAUUGCGCCCAUACGCGAAGCUGCGCAAUUGGGAUCACCUCCAAAGAAUUACACUGACAACGCAAAUGAAAGCGCGAACUUUGUUCUCAAAGACUGGGUGGAUUUUUCCAAGAACGAUAUACCAACCUUCAUCGCUGAGCUAAGGUCCUUUACCCAGCAAAACCUUGCUGAAGCUGAACGGGCUGUUUAUGGUGCUGGAGAAUUCUGCCUGGCCGAGGAUUUCAAACAUUUAGAGGCAUGCAAAAAUAGAAAUAUGCUUAAUAUUUUGGUUCAGUUCGUGGAAACACCGCAUAUAUUUAUGUUCACAUUAAAAUAUUGUAAUAGACGAUUGCCAUUAUAGACUAAUUUUUUAUCUUGUAAAAAAAAGAUAUAUUCCCGGAAAGAGCAUAGGCUACUACAGUAAAAUGAGUAAAAUUGCAAACUUUGGUUGCGAAAUGUUGUAAAAUGCGGAAAAUAUAGCCUUGCAAAGUUUUGUAUACUUUUGUAUUGCGUGCGAGAAUGUCUACCACAUUUGGGCUAAAAGUGGUAGCAAUUCCCGCACGCAAUACAAAAGUAUACAAAAUUUGCAAGGCUAUAUAAUAAAGUUAUGUGGUGUUUCCACGACCACAGACCAAUUAAGAGAGUUAGGUAAUAUCCUUGUCCUCAAAAGUCCUUUAUAAAAAGGUUGACGUCAGCAGGCUUGUGACGUAAUUUGCGGAGAAAAUCCCUAAAGCUCAGAGUUGUUUACUUGUUUUGAGUUUUUUAAAAGUCAAAACAAGCCUGUAUUAUGGUAAGUUUGAAGCAAUUUAACUAAUAUUAUUUAUUUGAUUUUAUAUCAGAUUGUACAUUAUUUUCAGUACUGUCAUGAACAUUUAGCAAAUUGUUCACUCGGUUUGUUAACAUAUAUUUCGUUGCUAAAAAGUAUAAUUUUUCUUUUUUGUUUCUCAAAUUCAUCAGUCUAAUAAUCAGAAUGGCCCCAAUCAAGCUGUAGACAGCAAUAUACACAGGCUCACUGGUCAUGCAAAGAGGUACAUAAGUGAACUUAGACUCUGAGUACAGUACAUCUUGUACACAAUGACUCGUAUUAAGACUGAUAAGUCUAUUAUUUUUAUCGAUAUGUAGUUGACAGAAAAGGACAUACCCGGGUCAAAUAUUGGCAAGGAUAUUGAAAAUGCUACCAAAAAUAACUUAAAAUUUCGGCUGAAGUGUAGAGAUUUAAAGUUUAAAUUUUCAGAAACGAAAGCGGAGCUGUUUACACUGAUAAAUUUGAGAAACAGAAAAGAAAACCGAGCGAACAAUUUGCUAAAUGUUCAUGACAGUAAAAUAAUGUACAAUCUAAUAUAAAAACAAAUAAAAUUUAUACGACGAAUAUGAAAACUCAUUUGACCUAUAUAUAUAGAAACAUUUGCUUCAAACUUACCAUAAUACUGGCUUCUUUUGGCUUUAAAAAAACUCAAAACAAGUAAACAACUCUGGAUUUUCUCCGCAAACGACGUCGCAAGCCUGCUGACGUCAACCUUUUUAUAAAGGUCUAUUGUUCCAUUCUGUAUAGGUCGACCCGGCAGAAUGGCAUGGAUGGGAGAAAGAUCAGAGAGAAGCACACCUGAAAAAGUUCAGAAAAGCAACGAUUCAAAGUGCUCGUAUCCAAGCAGAAGUGGUCCCACAUGAUACAGCAAGCGUACCAAGCGCAUCCCAUGAUCAACAGAAUUUGCCUUGUCCUUUGGCAGUUGGUUUCCGAGAUGCGGGAAUUCCAGGUAUUCCAGAGGCAACACUCUGUGGUAUAUGGUCCAAGGCAGAAGCAAUUAUUUCCAAGUCAUCUGCUAUUGUCAACGCACCAGGAAACCUUGAUUCGAAGUUGGUUGAAAGUAAGUCUGGCAAAAGGCCUCAUUUUGUAACAAAAGAGAAGUCUGGAAGAUUUACAUGUGAUGAUGGGUGCAAGAUGUGGAUGUCUACCCGCAUAUGUGCACACACUGUAGCAGUAGCACACACCAUGAAUCUCCUCUUAUCUUUUGUUGAUUGGCGCAAGAAAUCUAAAGGGACAUCCGUUCGUUUGACAGGCAUGAUAUUGAGUGACACACCCAAAGGUGCUGGAAAAAAGGGCGGAAAGCCAAAGAAGAAGUACGGUCAAUCUACCGAGCGAAACAUUGCUGUCCAAAACUACGCCAGUCCUUUUGAUGAUCGACCUGUUCCUUCGACAUCAAGUCCCUUCGAGAAUUCUCGAUUCUUUCUCAAGUGGGUGAGCAGACGAAUUUCAGUGUGCCAGGGGAAAUGUCAGAGGCCAAUGAGGAAUGAAGAGGGACGUAUAUAUCCACCCCCUUAUGAUAUAUGCUUGGCAAGAAAAGAACGGCGCUCAUACAAUAGCCCCGCAGAUGGUACUACGAAGCUGGGAAAGGAAGGCGAUUGUCACUACCACCUAAAAAAAAUCCUGCGUUGGUAA